AUGGUCCAAGUCCGCCCGGUCUACGUACUUGGUGCGGUUGCCCUUCUUUUCGUCAGCUGGGACAUCAGGUUCCUCCUCCGAAUCCUUGCCACGGGAAUCAUCAUUGCAGCUGUGGGAGCCUAUGCUGUGUCUCAGGGGACUCGCAAAGCCAAAGAGUUAGCCUCUUCAGUGACAGAAUCUGUCGUCAAAGAGGUGAAAGAUUUUAUCAGCGGGUCCAUCAAGAGAAAGUAUGAGGAGAUCCGCACAGUUGUUACCAACACAUCGAGGAGCGUGGGCUCCUUUGUCGUUUACGUUGCCAAGGAUAUUCAAACUGCUGCUGUCCAGGUACUAUCACUCACCAGACUUGUUCUUUUCAGGGCUGCAGAGUGGGUUGGACUGAAGAAGUGCGAAGAUGACGACAUAGGGAAUACCACUGCACCAGGUAGACCAUGCUCCCCUCACGUUGUGUCCCCUGACUGA